AGUAAGCAGUUGGUGGUUAGUGAUUGGUUGAGGUCUAAGUCAGGUUUUGAAGUUGGUUGUUUGUUGGAAACUAAGGUGAAGGAAGGUAGAGUUCCUUUGACUGUUAAAAAAGUUUUUGGUAAUUGGAGUGUUGUUUCAAACUAUGAGUUUAGUAGAUUGGGUCGGAUCUGGGUGGUCUGGAGCAACAAAGUGAAGCUGCAGGUACUGAUAAGCUCAUAAGAGUAUAUGAGAGGCAAAAGAGAACACGUGCAAGUGGUAAUGCACGUGAGAAGGAAGCUUGAGUGAAGAAGAAGUUAUCUCUAAGUCGUAACAAACUUUAGAGAGUAUAAAUAGUUAGGAGAGUCUAUUGUAAAGACUCAUCAUGCGUGAUUAGAAUUGUGUGAGUUUGUUAGAUCAGAGCUGCGACUUUGUUACAGUGUGAUAGGUGAUUGGGAACUGUAACUCAGUCCUUAUCAAAUGGUGCGUUCGUGUGCUCGGAUCGUCUCUAACGCCAUGGAUCUCGUUGCAAUUCUAGUUUUCACAGGUGCAAGAUCUGAUUUGCGUUCUUGGCUUGAUUGGAUGGAGAAUCAUUUUGCGUUGGGAGCUUACACAGAAUUUGAGAAAUUGCAUCUUGCACAUGGCUUCAUUGAAGGCGAUGCAAACGAUUUUUUUCAAGAUGUAGAAGCGGUGAGUCCUUACCAGAGUUGGAUCGCGAUGAAGGAAUCAUUGUUGUGUGCUUUUGGUUCCGAUGACGAUCCUGAGAGAAUCGCCUUUGAAUUGGAGCGAGAAUGACGAUGGGAGGAGUUCCAACACUCGUUUCAGAAGAAGCGAUCAUCUCGACAACAAUGUUCUGAGCAUAACCAACCGAUUUCAGUGACGCGAGCUCAUAUUCAUCUGGAAAUCACCGAUGAUUCGAUGAAUCACGUUGCUGCAAUCUCUGGUGAGAAGAAAGGAUCGUCGAAGGUGUUAGAUAUUUGUGUUAAACCGAUUGGUUCAGAGCUAAAAUCGAUUCUAGAAACGCUACCGCAGGACGUAACGCUAUUGCAAGACGCGUUAUUCUUGGAAAGCAACUUGGCUGCAGAUGCGAUAUUGAUUAGUAAUGUUUCUGAUCCUGAGAAAUUGGGAAACAAUGAUCUCAGGGAAGUCAAUUUAGCAGAUGUGGUCACGAACGUGAGUAUGGAGAAGACUUCAAUCCAGAAUGACGGAGCUACUCACGAGGACUCGAUUACACAAUUAUCUCACCAGAUUGUGGCGUUUUCACAUCUUCAAGUACCAAUCUCUACUUUGGAACCCAGCCAUAGAAGUCGAAGUGAUUAUCUAGGUGUUCUUGAGCGUUUUCCAUCUGCUAGUAUGAGGAAAACUAGUGCUCAGUCACUAUAUGGUCUUGAAUGUGUCGAUGGCAAGCAACAUACACACCAUGUGUUCGAUGGAUUGUGUGUGAGAAGCAAAAGAUUAAAUCAACAGAGGAAGUUGAGUUUGUCUCCCAAAACCUGGAUGUUUAAGUUCAGAACCAGAAAUCUGCAACACAAUAUGAGAAUGGGAAUGAGGAACAAGUCACACAUGUCAAGGUUGAGAUUCAAACGGAUGUUGAGAUGGGAUUCACAAGGCAUCCCACAGCUUCUUUGUGGAGGAUUACAUACACUUGUGGCUCUAGAUGACGCUAAUAUGCUGCUUGGAGCAGAAGUUGCAGAGAGCUUUAAUAAGUCUACUCGUGUAGCAGAUUGUUUUGGACAAGCUUCUAUUUCUUGUCCUCCCUCACAUGGAUUGGCGAGUGGUCUCUACUGCAAAUUUUUUUAUGGUGGCAUCAUAUUUGCUGGUUUCAUUGUUGCGUCUGCGAGUUGGCUGGGACUUAUUUGUGUGUGGGCUGAUUUUAUGCUGCAUAACAGUGGAGUGAUUUCGGCAAAGUUACCAGUAACUUUUCAAGGGAGAGAUUUGACUGCAGACUCUGGGCUAAAGACUCUGUUAGAGAAGAUGUUUCAAGGGGACAGUGUUUGGGAAGCUUAUCCAAAGAUUGCUGAGACGUUGCACUUUCAACACAAACAUGGAUUGGAUCUUCAUGGCUCAUUAUGUGUCAAUCUCUGCAGAGGUUACCCAGCACUUGUGAACAAGAGUGUUUAUUUUUCUGUGUGGCAUUGUUGGAAACAGAAGAAACUGCAGAUCAUUAACUUCCUCUGGGGAGUUCGACAUAUUUUGCAGAAGCCAGCUACUCUCUCAUGUCUUGAAAUGGAGCAUACAAAGGCUGUUUCGUCAGGUGGGUCCAUCGAUUUAUCCAAAGCUCCUGGGCAUGGCGACAUAGAGAAAUGUCUGAUCUUAUCAGUGUUUGCUAUUGGCAAAUCACUCUGUUCUGUUUGGCACCGUUGGAAGAGCAAAAGAAAAGAAAAAAGAUGCAGCCAUAGUGCUUUGUCAGAGGAAACAGAGAAAGACUUUUGGGGGCUGCAAAAUCUUAUGCUCAAUGCCACUACAAGCUCUUGAGGAGUUGAUAGUUGAAGUCUUUCAGCUUGUUACUGACUUGUGUAGGAGAGUGCAGUUUCUGUCUUUGCAACUGGGCGUGCACUUCAAGACGAAUCUUCUUGCUGGCAUCGUUGGAGACUUGGUGAUCAAGUGAGUACAUCUUCUUCUCGACUGCAGAUAUUACAAGAGGCAAAGCAUCCUUCUCUGCUGCUGAUCAUAAAUUGCGCAGCAAGCCGUUUUGUUUUUCAAACGCUUGAGGGCAAGCGGCAUUUCAAAGGGGGGAGUAUUGAUAAGCUCAUAAGAGUAUAUGAGAGGCAAAAGAGAACACGUGCAAGUGGUAAUGCACGUGAGAAGGAAGCUUGAGUGAAGAAGAAGUUAUCUCUAAGUCGUAACAAACUUUAGAGAGUAUAAAUAGUUAGGAGAGUCUAUUGUAAAGACUCAUCAUGCGUGAUCAAAAUUGUGUGAGUUUGUUAGAUCAGAGCUGCGACUCUGUUACAGUGUGAUAGGUGAUUGGGAACUGUAACUCAGUCCUUAUCAGGUACUUUUUAAAAGUGGACAGUUGAUCACAUGUCUCAUUCAACUCCCAAGUCUCGAGGAGGAUUUUCUCUGUUCUUUUGUCUAUGCUUCUAAUCUUGUAGCAGACCGGAAAGAGUUAUGGCGAGAUAUCAAGCAUCAACAUGAUUCUUUGAUUUCCAGGGAGGGAUGAGACUCAGAGCAGAAGGUGAGGAAGCUGCAAAAGAGGAUGAGCAUAAAAUCCCAAACGGUAACGGCAUAGUGGAACCACGCAAACCUGUGGAGCAGAAGGGAUUCACAGGAGGUUGUUGCCAAGGUGGAAACGGAGUUUCAUGUUGCCAAGACCAAGCUCCAGAGCCAGUGAAGAAAGAAGAAGGAUGCAUGAAGCUAAACUGGUUGAGAUCGAUGGGGAAAGAAGAGGUUCUCUUGGGAGCAGCCUUUGACUUUAUGAAUGGAUAUACAAUUUAUACAUCAUUAUGGCAAAUACCGAAAUGGUAAUGUAAUAAGCCUUUGACUCGGUUUAGUUUGGUUAUCUUGUUAUAUUGACAUGGAUAUACAGUUUAUACAUCAAUAUUAUC